GGUAUCCUCAAACCAGAAAUUUCAGAUCGAUCAACACCUUGCUACAGCCAUUCACACGGAAAUGGAGAAACGAUUUAACGUGAAACUCCCAACAAAACCAGGAUUCUAAAAAUGAAUUUUAUUUUGAUUUAUGCAACGCCAUGGCACAAUCAAACAUAUCAUGGAAUAAAUUAGAACAACCGGCGUUCCGUAAAUUUUUAGAAAAAUAUUGUAACCGCCAUAUCCCAAAUGAAUCCACAUUGCGCAGAAACUAUUUGAAGAAAUGUUACAAGAAUCAUAGAAAAGGUGAUUGAAGAACUAAGUCUUAUUCCUGGAGAAAUUGGAAACAAAAUUAGGGUUAAAUGGGAAAGUGUUUUAUCUCGC